AUGAUGGUGGGCUUAUUGACUGAUGAAAACACCAUUUCCUUCAGUGGAUGCUUUGUACAAUUUUUCUUCUUUAGCUACUUCAUAGGAACAGAAUGCUAUCUCCUGUCUGUAAUGUCAUAUGAUCGAUAUUUAGCAAUAUGCAAACCGUUGCAUUAUGCAACAAGUAUGAAUGCACAAAUCUGUAUCCAGCUGGCAGCUUCCUCAUGGAUAACUGGCCUUAUAGCUUCUUUGUUUGUCUUGAUUUUAAUGUUACAGUUAACAUUCUGUGGACCAAAUGAAAUUGAUCAUUAUUUUUGUGAUACUCUUCCACUCAUACAACUUUCCUGUAGUGACAGCAACCUGGUAGAACUUAUGAGUUUUAUCCUUGCCUUUGCAUUUACUUUGCCACCUUUUCUCCUCACCUUGACAUCCUAUAUAUACAUCAUAUCUACUAUCUUGAGAAUUCCUUCCACUGUCGGGAGGAAAAAGGCCUUUUCCACUUGUUCAUCUCAUCUGAUAGUGGUUUCUAUGUUUUAUGGAGCCAUCAUGGUUGUUUAUAUGUUACCAAAGCCUAAAGUACUUAACAAUGUCAACUACAUUUGCUCUCUCUUUUACACAGUCUUGCCCCCUGUUGCAAAUCCUCUUAUAUAUAGCCUGAGAAAUAAGGAGGUGAAGGAUGGCAUAAAAAAUGUAUCAAGGAAACUUAUAUCCUCCAGAGUUUACAAAACAUGGUUAGGAUGA